AGAACGCUGAAAGAACCCCGCCUUCUUCCCCAGAAGGUGAACAGCGUGAGCUUAAUUUCUCACGUGAGAACUGCCGGCCUUAGGUUUCCCUAAAAGUCAUGUUAUUUGACCUUGGUAACACUUCUCCUUAACAGCAGAGACUCUAUUUGGCCCAGUUUAACAGCGUGACAGGAGAUGGGGAAAGGCUUCAAAGUGGUGGUUUGUGGAAUGGCUUCCGUGGGGAAGACAGCCAUUUUGGAACAAAUUCUCUAUGGUAAUCACUGUGUCGGUGCCGAAUGCCACUCGACAAUCGAAGACAUUUAUGUGGCUUUGGCUGAAACGGACCGAGGAGUAAAGGAACAGUUACGUCUGUACGACACCAGGGGGUUGGACGGAGGAGAGGAGUUCCCCAAGCAUUACUUCGCUGUCGCAGACGGCUUUGUGCUAAUAUAUGCCGUGAAUAGCCUGGAAUCCUUCGAGAGAGUUGACUGGCUCAAAAAGGAGAUAGACAAAUGUAGAGACAAAAAGGAGGGCUCAGUUGUUGUCCUAGGCAAUAAAACAGACCUCUUGGAGGAGAGGCAGGUGGAGGCUGAAGUAGCACAGCAAUGGGCCAAACUUGAAAAGGUGAAGCUGUGGGAAGUGACAACGACGGACCCAAAGACACUGAUGGAGCCCUUCACAGUAUUGGCAAGCAAACUCUCUCAGUCCCAGAACAAAUCGGCAUUUCCUUUGCCCGGACGGAGGACCAAAGGCAAUAAUGAUGAUAGCUAA